UAAGUGCGCCUGCGCGGUCUGGUCCUGGUUCCUUUACCAAGGUAGCAGCAAUGCCUGAAGAUUGGGACAAGGACAUUUACAAACAGCCUCCCAGCCGGACUCCGGUGGUGGACAAGCAGACCGCCCUGCCCAAUCCUGCAUUUAUUGCUAGCAAGCUUUUUUACUAUACGGUGGAUUUACCGGUUACAACCUUCAGGGAAUGGGUGGAACGGCAACAACAAAAGAAUAAAUUUUACUACUACCAUCAGAAUUUCAGACGAGUGCCGGAUUUGACAGACUGUCAGCUGGGUGAUUACCUGUGCUAUUAUGAGGCAGAGAUGCAGUGGAGAAGGGAUUACAAAGUCGAUCAAGAAAUUAUUAAAAUUCUCCAGGAGCGUCUGAGGGCCUGCCAGCAACGGGAAGGUAACAGCUACGUACAGAACUGCGCCAAAGAACUGGAGCAGUUCAAGGAAGCAGCUAAAGGCUACGAGUCAAGAUAUGGUGAUCUUGGGGCUUAUGCUAGUUCCAGAAAAUGUCUAAUGAAGCAGAAACAUCGAAUGAUCGAGGAAAGCAAAAAGGCAAAAGCUGAUGCAUAAGAGCACUUGCCAAGCAUGUCUGUAGUCAUUUUUAAAUGAAAUUUGUGAUAACCAUCACUUAUGUAUAGUCUGAAUGUGUUCAAAUUGUGCAGAAUGAUUAAAUUCCACAUGAAUGUGAUUAAGAUACAUGGACCUUCUAGAUAAUAAAUGACGUCUAAUCUGUAA